GUUUAUCUCUAUAAAUAGUUCCACCCACACUGACAGCUCUGACAACAUAUGGUGAGAUCGAAUGGCUGGGGUGUUCGAUGUGAUCAUUGUCGGAGGCGGCGUCGUGGGAUGCGCCGUUAUCUGGGAUAUGACGUCACACGGUUACAAAUGUCUUCUGCUGGAGAAAAAUGAAAACUUGGUGUCUGAAGCAAGCUCGGGAAAUAGCGGGAUGCUCCACACCGGGUUUGAUUCCUCUCCCAACAGUCUGGAGAUUCAGUGUAUACAACACUCGUUUCCCCGAAUGUUUGAUUUAUUAAAAGGACUUGGACUGCCAUACGAAAAAAAUGGGGCAACUAUGGUAGCUUGGACACAAGAACAGGUGUCAAGGUUACCCAUCAUCACUGAGAGGUCAAGGGCAGCAGGGAUUUCCUCCACUACAGAGAUAAGUCUGUCUGAACUGUACAGGAGGGAGCCCGGGCUCAGCAGACACGCCCAGGGGGCACUGUGGAUCCCCGAUGAGACCGUGGUGGACCCGUGGCUGACGGCCAUCUCUAUGGCACACGAUGCCAGGAGAAAGGGAGCUAUGGUCAAAACUGACACUAUGGUACAAAGCAUAUGUAGAGCAGAUCAUAACCAACAAGUGCACGUGAUGACGUCACGUGGUCAGUUUACAGGGCGUGUCGUCAUUAACUGUGGUGGUCUCUAUGGUGAUAUCGUGGACAAACUGGCAGGGCUGCAACAUUUCAGCAUAGUUCCAAAGAAAGGACAAUAUGCAGUUUAUCCAAAGACUGCAAAACACUUGAUCAAUUCUAGUAUUUUACCAAUUCCAACAGACAGAGGGAAAGGUGAAAUUAUUUUUAAAACAGUUUACGGUAAUGUCAUUGUCGGACCAACGUUUGAGGAGACAGUCAACAAAAGGCGCCCAGGGAGUGAUUCGAACACGAUCCAGCGCCUAAUACGGUAUGGGGAGUCCCGUGUGAAUGGAUUAAGAGGGCGCCCCAUAGUGAACACUUACACGGGUGUUCGACCUGCGACAGAAAUAAAGGACUACCAUAUUGAUUCUUAUCCAGAAAGGGGCUGGAUAACCGUGGGAGGGAUUCGGUCCACUGGAUUGUCAGGAAGUAUUGGGAUUGGCGACAAAGUCAGAAAACUUGUUCUCGGUCAGCACAAUGUAGAGCCAUCUCGAGCUAAAAUGGUCGAAUUAAAAAAGAUGGCCGUCAAGUUCUUACCGCCAAGUCACGCUAUGGUUGAUGACGUCAUAUAUACAGUAACACAUCCUAUCACUCUGUGUAGAAUGGAUUUAUCAAUGGAAUCCCGUCUAUAAUUACGACAGUCUGAAUUUUGUUAGUUUUCUUUUAAUAAUAAUUGAAGUGGAGGGAAGAAAUUAAAGGUAAAAGAAAAGAAAUAUGGUUCUUGUGCUCCCAGUAAGUGAUCCUCCAAUUUUGCAUACCGACAUGCAUUUUGUUAAAAUAUAUAUUCAUGGGUUUUGCGUCGCAUUAUC